CGAGCAUUAAUGCUUUAAACUGCAUGGUUUCUCUGAGCGGAUAAAAUUAUUUUAUCGAUUCCAUUGCUUUCUUUGAUUUGUGUAUUCAGCUUUCAAGUCAUAAAAAUGAAUUUUGUAUUAAAUAUAAAUGUUUGCCGGGUUUGUAUGAGAAAUGAAAUGUUUUGCGAUAUAUUUAACGAUAAAAGUUUAUUAGAAAAAUUCAAAUUUACUACCCAUUUACCGAUAAUCGAAAAUGACAAUUUGCCGACAGUAUUGUGUUCAAAAUGCCUUUUACACCUGAAAGUGUGCUAUAAAUUUAUCAAACUGGCCCAUGAAACAGAAAUGAAUCUUAAAAGUUUCCUACUUAAGGUUAACAGCGACUUUAAAGAAGUGUUGCAGAAUAAGAAAGACAAAGCCAAACAUGAUGAUUUGACAAUUGAUGAGGAGAUGCUCAGAUUAUUAGAUCAAAAUGAUGAAGAGUAUGAUAAUGAAAGUAAAUUUGUAACGAGGACUUCUCAAAAAACACCUGACUCCACGGAAAAGACAUGCGAACAAUCAAAUGGCCAUGAGCAACAAUAUGUGAAAAAAAACGAACUUAAUGCGAAAGAAUCGAAAGAUUAUGACCAAUAUCAGUACGGUAAUGAUAUAGUCGUUGAUGUUGAAGAAGAAGAGCGUUUAUCAAUGGACGAAAUAGUGCCAGAAGAAUCUUUCGAGAAACAAGAAGGAUAUGCUUAUGAAGAUAGCCAAGACUGCGUCAAUAUGGAGGCCGAAGAACAACCUCUUGACAGUGAAUAUUCAAAUAAUAACGAAGUUGAAGAAGACAAAACUACUCGAAAACGAAGCGAACAAAAUAUAAAUGAUGGUUACUUGCGAGAAUAUGAAGCUAUGCUUCAGGUCAAUAAUUUACACAAUAAUACAUGCUGCGCGGACGAAAAUUCCUCCAUGGAUGCUGCAUCCCUUCACAGUAACAUCAUAGAAAUAGAUUCGAAAGUAAUGGAAGCCGAAUUAGAGGAUACGCAAUCUUCCAUAACUGAGAAAAGCAAACCGCAUAAAACUUUAAAUAAUUCUUUUAAUGCGACUUUACCGCGUUUCUAUUGCGCCCAGUGUAAUCGGGAUUUUAGUACCAAAACUAAUUUAAAUCGUCAUAUGUCAGCGCACGCCGGCAACAAGCCGUACGUUUGUCACACCUGCAAUAAAAGUUUCUCUCAGAAUGGUUCACUUAAGCAACACAUGUACACGCAUACCGGUGAGAAGCCGUUUGUUUGUGAGAUUUGCGAUCGUGGUUUUACCCAAUGCAAAAAUUUAAUAUAUCACAAGCGUAGACACACCGGCGAACUGCCGUUUCAAUGCGAUCACUGCCGGGGUACGUUUCGUCAGAAAGAUGCUUUAAAGGUGCACUUCUUUAAACAUCAUAUGAUUACGGAGCAAACUUACGACGGUCAAUCGACCUAUGUGUGCACUAUUUGUCAGAAAAGCUAUCACAAUAAAGCAGAUGUCCAAAAGCACAUGUUCUAUCACGUUAACAAUAAAAAUAACUUUGUUCUGACCGAUGCCGAGGCCAUACAACAGGAAGCUGAAGAUGAGGUCCAGGAUAGCAUUUUGCCAGACAACAUGAAUGCAAAUUUUUUAGUUAAGGAAAUGGAUGUAAACGAUGUUGUUCUUUCCAAGGCAAACUGUGUUGUAGAUGUUAGUGCUAGCUCAGCUGCCGAACCCAGUCGAGCUAAACGUUUUAAAUGUCGUAAAUGUUUCAAAUGUUUUGCAAUCAAAAAGAAUCUUUUACGUCACCUGGCUUUACACGAUAUCACAACGAAUACUAUUAAACAUCCUUGUUCUUUUUGUGAUUUAACAUUCGAUACAAAAUAUGCUGUCUGCGCUCAUCGUGCUCAGCAACAUGCGAACCUGAUUGGCAGUCCUAUACAGUGUAACGAUUGCAAUAUGGAAUUUUCAACAAUGAACUCUCUAAUGGAACAUCUGAGCAAACUGCAUCAAUAUCAAUGCUCCGAUUGUCCAAGUGAGAACUUUCAAUCAUUGAAUGAUUUGAAAAAGCAUAUGUUAGAUCAUAACUAUGAAGAAACAGAAUAAAUAAGUCAACUUUACUGCACAUUCAAAUAUAUUGAACAUUAAUAUAUAUUUUU